AUGGAUAAUUGUUUAUCAUUAUACUGUCGGCUUUGUGCAGAAAUUAAAUCAAAUACCGAUUUAAUUGAUACUGUUAAUCAUGAUUUAGAUUUAAAGCGUAAAAUAUACGAUCUAUUAGCAAUAGAAAUAUCGGAUGAUAUUGAUUUACCAAAAUCUAUAUGUAAUGAAUGUUCUAAUAAAGUAGUUCUGUGCUCAGAAUUUAAAGAACAAUCACAGAAAGCGCAGACUGCAUUGCGUGAAAUCUUUUUACUUAAUAAAGUUAAAAUCGAAUUGAGUGUUAUCGAUGAAAAUAUUGAUCAGAAAGACGAUAGUUAUAAUGAUACAUAUGAUGAUUUUUCAACAGUUAACGAAAAUUCAAAUUCUGCUGUUGUUGGCCCCAAAGAAGACGUUACAGUUAAAAAAGAAAUAAAAAUCGAAUGUUCCGAAACAGAUGUAAGUAAAAAAAGUAAUUUAAAGAAAGAGCGAAAACGGUCUUCAAAAGAAAAUCGUGCUGUUGUUGUUAAGAAAGAACGUUUGAAUCGUGAAGUAUCUAAAAAUUAUCACUGGCAAUGUACUGAUUGUGAUGACACCAUUAAAUCAGCAAAACAUUAUCGACGACAUUGUGCUGAAGUUCAUAACAAAUUACCUGAAUACGUGUGCUCAAUAUGCUCAAAACAUUAUCAACAUGAACGAUUUGAUGCAUUUUAUAAACAUAUUUAUAGACAUUUAAAUGAGCAUCAAUAUCGACCAGAAGUAAAACAUAUAUGUCCUCAAUGUGGAAAAUUAUUCAAGAGUGCAUCAAAUUUACGACGACAUUCCAUGUUACAUUUACCAAAAGAAAAUCGUGAAUUAUUUACAUGUUUGACAUGUGACAAAAAAUUUCCAACGAAAUCGUCUUUAAAAUAUCACACGACUAUUCAUACAGGUCAACAAGUUUUAAUUUACUGUGAACAAUGUGGUAAAAGUUUUAAAAAUAAAUCAAAUUUAACGUUGCACAUAAAAACACAGCAUUCAGAAGAAAAACCUUAUCAUUGUGAGCAAUGUUCGAAACGAUUUAAAAGUAUACCAAAUUUACACAAGCACUUAAAGGUACAUCUGGGAUUGAAGCUUAAGUGUAAUAUUUGUGGUAAACUAUUUUCAAAUAAAUCAUCAUUAAAGCGACAUUCAUCCACACAUUCUGGUUUAUUACCAUUCGAGUGUAGUUUUUGUAAUAAACGAUUUAGAUUGCGUCAAUUUUUAAAGAAUCAUAUUCGACAACAUACGAGUGAAACUAUUAUCAUGCCAACUAUGUAAAUCAUCAAAUUAUUUAAAACCUAUGAAAUCAAGACGCGAUAUA